ACUGUAAUGCGGUCAAGAGAGCUGCCUAGAACUACGUUCACCGUGCGUUUCCCUGAAAAUAAUUGCACACCUCAGAACGUUCGGCAGCCAAUCAGAUUCAAGCAUUCAACGGUCCCAUAGUAUAAAUAUAUGCUCAUCUAGCAGAGGUAGUAACUGGACAGAGCUGGACUUUAGCAGCAUUUAAAUAUUUACUGCGUAACAAGAUGAAGGUUCUCCUUACGAUCUCAAUCUCCCUUUUCCUGGCUCUGAAUGUCUUGGCUAAAGAACCUUGUCAACCUCCGCCUCUCCUUCAAGGGACAUUUUCUGCUGUCAUCAGCCAGGAAAACAUGAACAUCCUUGGAUCAUUCUCCAGUGAUCUACCCGGCCGACGGUUCUACUUGAGGGAGGGGGUUUAUGGAAACGGCUUCACCGUGUUUGAGGAUGUUCUGAUGCUCUUCUCUGAGAAAGUCAUGUAUAUGAUCUCAUAUGCCAACUCCACCUGCGUCUCCCUGCCGCUCGAAGUGGACCUGCACCCUAUGGAGCUCCCGCCCGAGGCCCAGUAUGUGAAUCAGGCGUACAUCGGAUCUUCUCUCCCUGGGGAAGGAGUGCUGGUGGACGUCUGGACUGGAACCCACCCGAUGAUCAAAGGUCCAUACUACAUAACCACCACAAACACCGGAUGCCUUCCUGUCAGCAGCGUAUUCAGCAUAAAACCAGUCGGCACUCUGGUAGCUGCUUACCUCGACUUCGUUUAUGGAAUCGAAGACCCCAAUGUCUUCAUCCCACCUUCAUUUUGCAAGAAAGCCAAUUAGGAGGAAGAACUGCUGGAAGACACAUAACAAAACACAUCACAUAAAUAAAACAAAAAUAAAACAAUGAAGAUUAAUAUGCAUUGAUCUCCAUAAGUGGGGACAGGCGUUGAACCCGCAACUUUGUGGUUUGAGGCCAGAAUGUUACCCAUCAAUCCACUGCACAAACUUCUUUGUUUUGCUUUCUUAAAUUGUAACAAUUAUAUAUAAGCAACCCCAUGAUUGAUUUUGUUAGUAUGCGAACAUUACACUGUGUUUUGUGUGUUUCAGUGAGAUAUCAUCGUGUCAUGUUCCUGUAAUCAAUCAAUAAAUCUGUCUUUCUCAGCCAGUC